UUCGUUCAGUGUUCAGUGUGUUUUGAUCAUCUGAAAUUUUGUCGUGAUUUUCCCAUUUUUGCUUUUCUCGUACAACAAAGUUUUUACUAAAUUGGUAAAUAAUAAGCGCUUCAUUCAAAACGAUAAAGCAACACUAACGGCGAAAGAGAAGAAUUUAAGCCAUGGAGCAAAAUCGCCAAUCUCCCUGUGUUACCACGUGUUUGAUGGAUGGUUUCCGGUGCAGGCUAUGCUUAAAAACAUCGGACCUUGAUUUACAACCCCUAUUUCCUCCUGGCGAGGACUGUUUCUUGAACGAUCUUCUCAGUCAAAUCUAUGAUUGUUUGGCCAUCCACGUAUCGUUCUUGGAAGAUUUCUGUUCGGUGAUAUGCUCCAAUUGUCGCGAACAUAUCAACUCUUUUUACAUAUUUAAGAAACAGUGCCAAUCCAAUGAUGGCUAUCUGCGCGAAAAACGCCUAAAAGAAAUAAAAGGGAUGGAACGGGAAAGAACGACGGCACCGGAAAGCCCCAAAGAGAUGGAUCCCGAUUUGGAAGCCAAUCAGGGCAAAGUGAAGGAACCGCAGCAAGAGGAACUGCUAGACCAAGCGGAUAAAAUUUUCUUUCCUAAGGAAAAUCCCACUGAAGAAGUCUUGGAACCAGUCGUGAAAUGCGUUGACAAAGUUGACGUGGGUGUACAGAUGUGCGGGGCCAGUUCCAGUGAGUCGUUUUGCGGAUUUGCGGAUGAGUUUUAUGCCAGGCGCUCGCCAAGAAUUUUCAUUAAAAACUCCAUCACAGAAGCGUAUGAGAUGAUUAGCGCUCCGUCGACAACCAUGGAAGAAACGCAGGAAUGCCACGUUCCUCUGGAAAAGCUUGAUCUUCAACCCACCACUUCUGUUAAGCCUCCACCCGUUAACAGAGUAAAGACACCCAUUGCUCCCAAGAUUAAUAGUAGGAAGCAAAGCAGAGCCGCUAUCCAUGUCAAGGAAACUCCUAGGCUACUCCGUCAAAAGGCCGUAUUGUACUACGAUGGGUUUGAGUACCGAAAACCGCGGACAUGUCACGACGGAACCACCGAAUGGGCGUGCUGUAAAGUUUCCUGUCCUGCAACUCUGGAGCAGAAAGCGGGCGGAACUCUAAAAUUGAUGGCCAAACAUAAACAACACCCGGCACAAGUGAUUCGCGAUUCGUUGGUAAUCGAUCGGAAAAGCCGCAAAUGGGUUCCACUCAUAGUGACCGAUAACAACCGCAGGCGGAAGGUGAUCUGCGACGAUGCUUUUCGUUACCGCUUUUCGCAGAAGCUGCCCAACGGUCAGACGGUUUGGGCCUGCGAGGCCCAGCAAGGGGGCUGCAAAGCUUUGCUGCGCAUUGUGGGCGAUUAUCGGACGGUCUCGAAAGUUUUUCAACACAACCACGCUGAAACGAUAAUGGUUCGCAGGCGGGGUGCCACCAAGCCGAUUAAGCUGCAGCGAAUCGUCGACAGGAAGUUGGUGAAAAAAACGUGAGAAGACGUUAGUGUAAAAUUUCUUAAAUGUAUUAAUCUUAACGUUUCGUUGAAAGUAUUACGAAGUUUUUACAUUUGAUUAUGCUAAAUACAUUAUCUGUUUUCUUUUCAUCAUCAUUUA